AAAAAACCACCUCUACCCCUGAUAUUUUUACCACCCAAAUCUGAAAAAAAUCGAACCUGACAACGAGAUCUCUCCACUCCAAAUCCGAACUAAACUCUCGAUUUCUCCGAAGACGCUCCUUCAACCGUACGCAACGAUUUCUCCACUCUCGAUAUCUUGAAAGUGGAGUAAACAAUGUGGAAACUAAAGAUCGCAGAGGGAGGGAGCCCAUGGCUGCGUACGACAAACGAUCACGUCGGCCGGCAAAUUUGGGAAUUUGAUCCUAAGCUAGGUUCCCUUGAUGAACUCGCUGAUAUCGAAAAAGUUCGACAGGCCUUUCAUGACAAUCGGUUCGAAAAAAAACACAGCUCAGAUCUGCUUAUGCGCAGUCAGUUCGCAAAGGAGAACUCACUCUCUGUUUUCCCACCAAAAGUCAAUAUAAAAGAUGCUGAAGAUAUUACGGAAGAUAAAGUAACCAAUGUAUUAAGAAGAGCUAUUGGUUACCAUUCGACCCUCCAAGCAGAUGAUGGACAUUGGCCAGGAGAUUAUGGAGGCCCUAUGUUUUUAUUGCCUGGUUUGGUUAUUACUCUAACUAUUACUGGGGCACUGAAUGCAGUCUUAUCCAAAGAGCACAAACGGGAGAUGUGCCGUUAUCUUUACAAUCAUCAGAAUAGAGACGGUGGAUGGGGUCUACACAUUGAGGGGCAUAGCACCAUGUUUGGUAGUGCCCUGAACUAUGUUACUUUGAGAUUGCUGGGUGAAGGAGCUAAUGAUGGAGAAGGGGCAAUGGAGAAGGGGCGGAAGUGGAUCUUGGACCAUGGCGGUGCUACUUCAAUAACAUCUUGGGGAAAGUUCUGGCUUUCAGUACUUGGGGCAUUUGAGUGGUCUGGAAAUAAUCCGAUGCCCCCUGAGAUGUGGAUCCUUCCAUAUUUCCUUCCGGUGCAUCCAGGUAGGAUGUGGUGUCACUGUCGAAUGGUUUACCUGCCUAUGUCAUACUUAUAUGGGAAGAGGUUUGUUGGACCUAUCACAUCUACAGUUCUAGCCUUGAGAAAAGAGCUGUUUACUGUCCCCUAUCAUGACAUAGAUUGGAAUGAUGCACGAAACCUUUGUGCUAAGGAAGAUCUUUACUACCCACACCCACUCAUACAGGACAUACUUUGGGCAACUCUUGACAAGUUUGUGGAGCCUAUACUCAUGAGAUGGCCUGGGAAGAAGUUGAGAGAGAAGGCUCUUUGCACUGUGAUGGAACAUAUCCAUUAUGAGGAUGAUAACACUCGCUAUAUAUGUAUAGGGCCAGUAAACAAAGUGUUAAAUAUGCUCUGCUGCUGGGCAGAAGAUCCAAACUCAGAGGCUUUCAAGUUGCACCUCCCAAGAAUACAUGAUUAUCUGUGGCUUGCUGAAGAUGGCAUGAAAAUGCAGGGUUAUAAUGGUAGUCAACUAUGGGAUACCGCUUUCGCCAUUCAAGCUAUUAUUUCUACAAACCUCAUUGAAGAAUUUGGGCCAACACUAAAAAAAGGACACAUGUUCAUAAAGAAGACACAGGUGUCAGAUAACUGCCCUGGCGAUCUUGAUUAUUGGUAUCGUCAUAUUUCAAAAGGUGCUUGGCCUUUCUCAACUGCAGAUCACGGAUGGCCCAUUUCAGAUUGUACCGCAGAAGGGCUAAAGGCUGUACUCAUGCUUUCAAAAUUGCCAUCAGAAAUCGUUGACGAGCCCUUGGAUGCAAAGCGGCUGUAUGAUGCCGUCAAUGUUAUUCUAUCUUUACAGAAUGCUAAUGGUAGUUUUGCUACAUAUGAACUGACUAGAUCCUACAGCUGGUUAGAGUUGGUCAAUCCUGCUGAAACUUUUGGUGACAUUGUUAUAGAUUACCCAUAUGUAGAGUGUACCUCGGCUGCAAUUCAAGCUCUGGUGGCAUUUAAGAGAUUGUACCCUGGGCAUAGGAGAGAAGAAGUACAACGUUGUAUUGAUAAAUCUGCUUCAUUCAUUGAGAAAAUCCAGGCAUCAGAUGGUUCAUGGUAUGGCUCGUGGGCAGUUUGCUUCACCUAUGGCACAUGGUUUGGAGUCAAAGGGUUAGUGGCUGCUGGAAGGAACUUCUCUAACUGCUCUAGCAUUCGCAAGGCUUGUAACUUUUUAUUGUCUAAACAACUUGCUUCGGGCGGAUGGGGGGAGAGCUAUCUCUCUUGUCAGAACAAGGUGUAUACCAAUCUCGAGGGAAAUCGCUCUCACGUGGUAAAUACAGGUUGGGCUAUGCUAGCUCUCAUUGAUGCUGAGCAGGCCAAGAGAGAUCCAACGCCAUUGCACCAUGCGGCAAGAGUAUUGAUUAACUCUCAGAUGGAAAACGGAGAUUUCCCACAACAGGAGAUCAUGGGGGUUUUUAACAGGAACUGCAUGAUUACGUAUGCUGCAUACAGAAACAUCUUCCCUAUUUGGGCAUUAGGAGAAUACCGCUGUCGAGUGCUUCAGGCACCAUGUUAAAUUUACUUUCACACUAAUCCUCCAUUCAUUCAAAUCUUUCUUUGUUUGCCUUGAGUAAUCUGAAAGGGUAGUUCCGAUUGUUCUAUUUCAUCAAUCUUCAACUUGUGGCCCAAGAUUUAUAGGCUUAGCUGCUAUCUUUGCUGCUCUUAUGGAUUCUUGAAUGGGAAAAAUGUAUCAAAUGCAAUAAAGUUUUGUUUAGUUUCUAGCUUA